CACACACAUUGCAGUGUCAUUGUCCGCCGCAUUCACGUUUGCAAUCCUGAUCAUCAUUGCAAUCUAAUCGUCGAUUGGUGAUAAUUGACACGUUGAGGUCAGCAUAACAUUAGGAAUCAUCCAUUUGUACAUUCAAACACACAACACAAAUCAUCCAACAACAACUCGCUCUACAUCGAACGUAAAACCAAACGAUAAUGCUUUUCACGACAUUCACGAAUCAAUAUAUCGAUUAACAAAAAACAGAGAGGCUUUCCUAAACAACACAUCCUCUUUAUCCCGUGGAUCGCAAGGGAUUCGAUCUUCUUCUUCUUCUUCAGCUCCUCGUUUGAGCUUUUAGCAUGCAAGUUCUAGAAGCAAGAUCAAUCCCUUCAGAUCUAUUACCAUCUUCUCACACAAACGCAAACGCUUCUACAGCAUCAUCUGCAGCAGUUGCAGUAGCGGCAGCCGCAGCAGCAAGAGCUGUAAAAGGAUCUGCAAUGAAUGCUGCGAUAGCAAACGGCGAUGCAGGUCCAUCAAACCAUCGAAAUCAAUAUACAAGUACGAUUGCUGGAAGAGGAUCGAUUCCUGUAGAGAAUGGGAUCGGUGGCCUUUCGGGGUAUGACAACCAACAACAUGCCAGCUCAUCACGUCUUCCAUCCGAUUAUCAUAAGCAACCACCAAAAGCCAAUUCUCCAACAAUACAAAACAAUGGAUCCACUCUAUCACCUUCACAAACGGAAAUGCCAACAACGGCUGCCUCUCUGAUGAGAGAAGGACCAAGAGAUUUCACUGUGAUACGCGAUGUGGGUGACGGAUCUUUUGGAACGGUUUGUUUGGCAGAUUGGAAAAGUCCUUUGCCAAGUGGAACGAUGUUAAGUCCAAUGCAACAUCCAACAACACGACCGGAAUAUGUUGGAAAACGAUUGGUUGCGAUUAAAAAGAUGAAAAAGCCAUUUCCGAAUUGGAACGAAUGUAUGAAAUUGAAAGAACUCAAAUCGCUACUGGCAAUACCGCAUCAUCCGAACAUCAUUCCACUUUAUGAUGCCUUUUUGAUGCCUGGCUCAAAGGAGCUGCACUUUGUCUUUGAGUGUAUGGAAGGAAAUCUGUAUCAAUUGACAAAAUCUCGCAAAGGAAGGCCACUGGCAGGCGGUUUGGUAGCUUCGAUAUUCCAACAGAUUGUCAAAGGUCUGCAUCACAUUCAUCAGCAUGGUUAUUUCCAUAGAGAUAUGAAGCCAGAAAAUCUUCUUAUUACAACGACAGGUUUGGCGGAUUAUCCUACCGCUUCGCCUUUGGCUAUGCCUGGAACGCCUCCUGAAAAGGAUGUCUUGGUGAUUGUCAAGUUGGCCGAUUUCGGUUUGGCUCGUGAAACGUUGAGCAAGCCGCCUUAUACGGAAUAUGUGUCCACGAGAUGGUAUCGGGCGCCAGAAGUCUUGUUGAGAUCAAGAGAUUAUUCCAAUCCAGUCGAUUUGUGGGCUUUGGGUACAAUUUUGGCAGAAAUUGUCAACCUCAAACCGCUGUUUCCUGGACAGAGCGAGGUGGACCAAGUAUUGCAGAUAUGUGAUGUGAUUGGUGAUCCUUUGCACGAUUAUGGUAAUGACGAUCGAGGACGGAAGAAAGGAGGCGGUGAAUGGCAAAGAGGGAUCAAGAUGGCAAGGGCAGUAGGAUUUGAGUUUCCGAUAGUGAAGCCUGUUACAUUUACGACAUUGUUUAGUUCCAAGGUUCCACCUUCCUUGAUUGAUUGCAUACAGGAUUUGUUGAGGUAUGAUCCUCGAGCUCGGAUGACAACGGAUGAUCUGUUGAAUCAUUAUUACUUUACCACUCUGGCACCUCGUUUGCAACCACCUCAAGCAAAGGCAAUGGUGGCUGCCACUACGCCAGAACAACAAGCUUCUAUGAUGCGACAAAUGCCCAAAGCAAAUCUUCAAUCGCUCGCUAGCAUUUCGUCUUUGGCAAAUGUGGAUGCAGCCAGUAUACGUCGGGCGAUCCCACCAUCUCAUUCUACCGUUUCUCAAAUGCAAAAGAUUCCCUUUGGUGCAGGACCGCAACCUGUUGCGGCUAAUCAUCAACAAAAGUUGCAGCCUAUACGUGCACCACAACAACAACAAUCUGAUGGUGAUAUCGCGAUGGACUCUGCAUCUCCGUUGAUUCAUGGAUCUUCUGAUCGUGGAGAUGAGAUUGCAGCUUUGAUGGUGAAUCAGAGAAAUUCAAGUGUUUCCCAAUACCCGGCCUUUCCUGAAUCUGCUUCAACGUAUAGUCGUUUGUCAGCUAUUGGGUCGACUCAGAACAAUAACGGGGAUGUUGCGAUGAUGUCUCCUGCUCACUACCCGGGCAAUAGUAACUUGAGUAGUGUGACACGAGUUGAUCGACAAGGGUCUAAUUCGUUCUCUUCUCAUGAAAGGCAGAAUGACGGUGCAGUGGCACAAUCGUAUGAGUCUUAUGGUCAAUCGCCUACCUUAGCGGCAGCACAACAGCACAACAGGAUGCAUGGUCUUGUAUCUCCUCAUCCUGGAUCAACACACAGUAGCGGUGAAUAUGUCGGUCAAAGAGAUCAAUCGGAAACAUCCAAUGAGACUCUAUCUUCAGCCAAAGAUGCUACCAAAAAGAAAGGUGGAAAAGGUUGGGGUCUGCACAUUUCUUCCGUUUUGGGAGGUGGUGCUGGUGGUGAGAGGGGAGCAGGCAAGAGCGCAUUCUCAAGCAGUACAAAUUCGUCCGGUCAGCCAACGAAUCAACAAUCUUGGCAAGGUAAUCAGACGACGAGUAGUAUUCCUACGAGCAUAAGUGCAUCAUCCAUCACGCCUGCACAACAGAUCAUUGCCGAUCAUGCACAAGCACAACAACCUACAAAGCCAAUCGAUCCAAAGAAAGCAAAGAAAGAAGCAGAAAAAGCAGCAAGAGAAGCGGAAAAAGCAAAACGAGCAGCACAAGAACAAGCGGCAAGAGAACGUGCAAGAGCGGUUAUGCAAAAGAGAAAUCAAAUCUUGGCUUCGUCCAAUGCGCGUGAUCAAGUGGAAUGGUUGCAAUUGGCAGAUAAUGAUAUGACGAAAGCGUUGCAAGCACAACAAGCAGCGCAGCAUAUGCAGCAACAAGCGCAACAACAGCAGGCUCAGCAACAGUAUUUGCAUUCUCUUGGGCCUGGUCGACCUUCGUUACAAUCGCAACAACUUCAGUACGAACAGCAGUAUGGCACACAUCCGCAGAUCAUUAAUCAAAAUACUAAUUUGGUGGGUCAACUAUCACAAUACCCUGGUCCCAUCAACCCGGCCGUGCAUUUGUACGAGACACCAUUGAGCGAGAAGGCAUGGGGUAAACAACCACGUCAUACGCAUACUUCUAAUUCUGAUCAUUCGAAUUUGUCAGGAAGAUUGGGUGCAGGUUCGUACAGUCCAUCACCUGUCGGUAUGAAUAAUGCCGGAAGAGGAAGAGUACGACCACGUGAUGCGGAAGAUGAUAUUUUGGCAGAGAACGAUCCAAGAAGGCAAUCGAUGCAAUCUUAUCAUACGCGUGACAGUGAUCCUGGACCGAUGCGAAAUGCAAUCAAUGCUUAUCCACAUUCGAAUCAUCGACCUGAAACAACAUCCAGUCUAAAUUCUGCUCCUAGUAUCAUUGAUGCAGCUUCUGGCAGGACCAGAUAUGGAGGAGGGGCAAACGGAGGUGAUCGAAGUUCAGUUGAUACGAGAUCGGUUGCCAGUUCGUUGGAUAAUCAAUUGAUUUUGAAUAUGGAAAAUAUGACUGCAGCUGAGACGAGUACAUCUACUGCCACAAAUACCAGAUACAAACAAGGAAGUAUGAGUCCAGGACCGAUUCAUUUAGUGGGCAAUCGACCGUCAUUCAGCCGACAAAGUCAUGGAAGCAGAACCGGAUCAGCCCAUCGAGCAGGAAGUGCAUCACCUUUGCAUCAUACUGCAGCACCAAGAUUCCAUCCUUACUCUUCGGGCGUGGUUGGAACAGCAUCGCAUUCGAAUCCGAACAUGCCUUUACCAUCUUCUGCACAUUCUUCUCAGCAUGGAUAUCCUUUACCUUCUUUGGCUUCGAUUGCAAAUGAUUCAGGAUCGGAUGUGAUGGAGAAUUUGCAAACGGAUAUUGCAUCCACUAUUGGACCGCGACCAAGAUCAACAAGGCGAAUGUCACAAUCGCAAAGAGGGUUGAGUAGAGGUAGUGCAGCAAGUCGAGAUGGAUCUUCACUUCGACAUGCGACCCCGUCGAGCAAUGCGACGCUUGUCAAUUUAGGAGGUACGAAUGGAAGUUCGACCGGAAAUGGAGCAAAUGGUGGAAGUUCUCAAGUGAAUCCGAUGUUUACUGUGAAUCAAUACAAUCAAAAAUCUUUUCCGCUCACAGCUGCUCAUCAUGCAAAUUAUCCGUAUAGUCCAACGGCAGCAGCAGCAGCAGCAGCAGGACAAAGUCAACCUGCCAAUAUGGCCAUGUUAUUGGAUCCGAAUCGACAAGGUCAACAGCAAGCUAGCGUGCAUAAUGGUAUGACGAGUUUACCACCCUUUUCUGAACUCGCAGCAAGGACGACAAGCGGGGGAGGAGGAGAUGGAUAUCAUUCUUCUGAUAAUGCGGGAGGCGGACAUCAUUCGUAUUAAAUAUAAGUGUAGGGUUCUUCUUGCAAUACUGUACGUCAUCAUGUCAUUAGGGACCCUGUGUUUUUCAUGUUAUUUUCCCUUUUUAAUUCCUUAAUUUUGAUUUAUUGAUUGUA